AUGGCCUGGCUGGUGCUGCCGGGCGCCCUGCUGUGCAUGCUGCGUGUUGGAUUAAGCACCUUGGACUCCGAGGUUUUCCCGCCCCCUGGGCCCCACAACUGCCCCUACAAAUGCGUCUGCGCUGCCGACCUGCUGAGCUGCGCAGGCCUUGGGUUGCAGGACGUGCCGGCCGCGUUACCUGCUACUGCUGCAGACCUCGACCUGAGCCACAAUGUGCUCCAGCGCCUGCGCCCCGGCUGGUUGGCGCCCUUCUCCCAGCUGCGCACCCUGCGCCUAGGCCACAACGAACUGGGUGCGUUGGGUCGUGGCGUCUUCACGAAUGCCAGCUCCCUGAGGCUGCUCGAUCUAUCAUCUAAUGCGUUGCGGGCACUUGGCCGCCACGACCUCAGUGGGCUGGGGGCGCUGGAGAGGCUGCUUCUGUUCAAUAAUCGCUUGGUGCACUUGGACGAGCAUGCCUUUCACGGCCUGAGCGCACUCAGCUAUCUCUACCUGGGCUGCAACGAACUUGCGUCUUUCUCCUUCGUCCACCUUCAUGGUCUGGACUCGACCCACUUGCGUACUCUAGACCUUUCCUCCAACCAGCUGGAUCACAUCUCUGUACCUGAACUGGCCGCGCUGCCGGCCUUCCUCAAGAAUGGCCUCUACUUGCACAACAACCCGUUGCCUUGCGACUGCCGCCUCUACCAUCUCCUGCAGCGCUGGCACCAGCGGGGCCUAAGUGCCGUGCGGGACUUCGCGCGCGAGUACACGUGCCUGGCCUUCAAAGUGUCCGCGUCCCGCGUGCGUUUCUUUGAGUAUAGCCGCGUCUUCGAGAACUGCUCGUCUGCCCCAGCUCGUGGCCUAGAGCGGCCCGAAGAGCAGCUGCACGUGCAGUUGGGUCGAUCCCUGAGGCUGUACUGCAACACAAGUGUCCCCGCUAUGCGUAUUGCCUGGGUUUCACCGAAGCAGGAGCUGCUCAUGGCACCGGGAUCCCGCGAUGGCAGCAUUGCGGUGCUGGCUGACGGCAGCUUAGCCAUCAAUAACGUGCAGCAGGGCCAUGCGGGCGUCUUCGUUUGCCUGGCCACCGGACCCCGCCUGCGCCACAACCAGACGCACGAGUACAACGUGAGCGUACAUUUGCCGCACCCGGAGCCCGAUGCUUUCAACACGGGCUUCACCACGUUGCUGGGCUGCGUAGUAGGCCUGGUGCUGGUGCUGCUCUACUUGUUCGCCCCACCCUGCCGUGGCUGCUGCCGCUGCUGCCGCUGCCGUCGCUGGCCCCGAGCACCCAGCCCGCUGCAGGAGCUGAGCGCACCGUCAUCGGUGCUCAGUGGCACACCACCAGAGGCACCCAGCCGCAAGGCCAGUGUCCACAAGCACGUGGUCUUUCUGGAGCCCGGCAGGAUGGGUCUGAACGGGCGUGUGCAGCUGGCGGUAGCUGAGGAUUUCGAUCUCUGCAAUCCAGUGGGCCUUCGGCUCAAGGCUGGCUCUGAGUCUGCUAGCUCCACAGGCUCUGAGGGUCUCAUGUUGACCUAG